GGGUUUCUUCUUAUUUCAGGUUGUCCACGAAAACAUUAUAGUAAGUAAUUAUAAAAGUCCAACAAAACCCAAAGCACACAGAUCUCUCUCUCUCUCUCUCUCUUUCAGACACUCACACAAACAUAGAAACUCCAAUUUCCUAAGAAUCCGAUUCCGAAUCCUCAAUCAAGAACAGUUCUUUCUUCUUUUCCGAGGAAUCCAAAAUCCGAUAUUACGUUUAACUGUCUCUUCACUUUCAUGGACGAUCCUUUUCAGCUCUUUCCAAGUGUGGGUUCGGUGCAGGUUCGUAUUUUGUGAUCGGAUCCAGCUGACAAUUUCCGAGAACUUUGUCAGAGUGCUGAUUCGUGGAGUUUCUUAGUAGGUGAUGCAAUCAGUUGAUGAGGACAAGAAGAAGACUCUGAAGCGUUCAAGAUCAUUUAAUUGCAAUAUGCCUUUGACGGACUCAAGCGUUACAGCAACUGUUGAUGACUGCAAUCUUUUCCCUGUCGAAGAGAUUGUGCAAUACCCAUUGCCCGGUUAUGUGGCACCUACUUCAAUCAGUUUCAGUCCUGAUGAUAGUAUAAUAACUUACUUGCUUAGUCCUGAUCACACUUUGAAUAGGAGGGUUUUUGCUUAUGAUGUCAAGACUGGAAAACAAGAGUUAUUUUUCAGUCCCCCGGAUGGUGGGCUGGACGAGGGUAAUAUAUCACCAGAAGAGAAGUUGAGGAGGGAAAGAUUGAGGGAGCGUGGGUUGGGAGUUACACGGUAUGAAUGGGUGAAGUCAAGCACAAAAAAGAAAGAAAUCAUGGUGCCUUUGCCAGCUGGGAUUUAUUUGCAGGAUUUUUCUUGUUCAAAUCCAGAGCUCAAGCUUCCAAGUGUACCGUGUUCACCAAUUAUUGAUCCACAUCUAUCCCCAGAUGGCACAAUGGUCGCUUAUGUUAGAGAUUCAGAGUUGCAUGUUCUCAAUCUCUUGAACAAUGAAUCAAAACAGUUGACAUAUGGUGCCAAUGGAAAUUCUUUGACUCAUGGCCUUGCUGAAUAUAUAGCUCAGGAGGAGAUGGAUAGGAAGACUGGGUACUGGUGGUCAUUAGACAGCAAAUUCAUUGCAUUCACACAAGUUGAUUCUUCUGAGCUACCUCUUUUCAGAAUUAUGCACCAAGGUAAAAGCUCAGUUGGCUCAGAUGCACAGGAAGACCAUGCUUAUCCUUUUGCCGGAGCUACAAAUGUUAAAGUUCGCCUUGGAGUGGUUUCUGCUGCUGGAGGUCCUAUUACUUGGAUGGAUCUUCUCUGUGGGGGAUCGGAUCAGGCAAACAACGAGGAAGAAUAUUUGGCUAGAGUCCACUGGAUGCUAGGAAAUAAUCUCACAGCUCAGAUUUUGAACAGGUCUCACUCCAAGCUAAAGAUCCUUAAGUUUGAUAUCAAAACAGGCCAAAGGAAAACCAUAUUGGUAGAAGAAGUAGGUGCAUGGGUUAGUUUACAUGACUGCUUCACACCUCUGGACAAAGGAGUCACCAGAUUUUCUGGGGGAUUUAUCUGGGCAAGUGAAAAAACAGGAUUUAGACAUCUUUAUCUGUAUGAUGCAAAUGCAACAUGCUUAGGACCUCUCACUGAAGGUGACUGGAUGGUUGAGCAAAUUGCUGGUGUAAAUGAGGCUGCAGGGUUUGUUUAUUUCACUGGAACUUUAGAUGGGCCUUUGGAAUCUAACCUUUACUGUGCUAAACUAUUCCCAUAUGGAAACAACCCCCUGGAGCCACCAGUGAGAUUGACCCAUAGUAAAGGAAAACAUAUGGUUGUGCUUGAUCAUCAUAUGCGGACUUUUGUGGAUAUCCAUGAUUCUCUUAAUUCUCCCCCUAGGGUUUUAAUUUGCUCUUUGGAAGAUGGAAGCAUAAUCACACCUCUGUAUGAACAAUUUACCAUUCCAAGAUUCAAACGGCUUCAACUUGAGCCUCCACAGCUAGUUAAAAUACAGGCAGAUGAUGGGACUGCAUUGUAUGGGGCUUUAUAUAAGCCUGAUGUAACAAGAUUUGGCCCUCCACCUUACAAAACCUUGAUUAAUGUGUAUGGUGGUCCAAGUGUACAGCUUGUUUCUGAUUCUUGGAUAAAUACUGUUGACAUGAAAGCACAGUUUCUACGAAGCCAGGGCAUCUUAGUUUGGAAGAUGGACAAUAGAGGAACUGCACGACGUGGACUGAAGUUUGAGGGCUCUCUAAAAUACAAGGCUGGUCAGAUUGAUGCUGAUGAUCAGCUGACUGGAGCUGAAUGGCUUAUCAAACAAGGGCUAGCUAAAGCUGGCCAUAUUGGGUUGUAUGGGUGGAGCUACGGCGGAUAUCUCUCAGCUAUGACAUUGGCCAGGUUUCCUGACGUGUUCCGUUGUGCUGUGUCUGGUGCUCCUGUAACAUCCUGGGAUGGGUACGAUACAUUUUACACUGAGAAGUACAUGGGAUUGCCUUCUGAGAAUCCAUCAGGUUAUGAAAAAAGCUCUGUGAUGCACCAUGUGCACAAGAUGAAAGGGAGGUUGUUAAUUGUGCAUGGCAUGAUUGAUGAAAAUGUACACUUUAGGCACACUGCAAGGCUUGUGAAUGCACUUGUGGCUGCUGGAAAGUCUUAUGAAUUAUUGAUUUUUCCAGACGAACGUCACAUGCCACGCCGGCAUAGGGAUCGAAUUUAUAUGGAAGAGAGGAUUUGGGACUUCAUAGAGAGGAGCCUGUGAAGAGUAACAAAGUUUUUGUUUAUAUCUUUCCAGUGUGAGAUUUGUGUUUUCAUUUCCUUCUAUAGGUGUUGUAAAGUAUGGAAGACCUCUUUGUUGCACAUUUUAGUCCCAUUUAAUAAGCCAUACGGCGAUAUUCAUGUAUCAAAA